AUGUGGAUUCUCUCGUUCUGGAUUUUCCCCGUGAUAUCCGGGUCUACACUAGUAGCCUUGCUGUCAAGAUGGGCGGUGGAUGGAAAGCCACAUUACACCACUAUGAGCGUUGAGGCCACCAUUCCUUAUAUUUCCCACAUCGGAGCCGAAGGCCUCAAACCGCUCUUCAUUGCAGGCAGUGUCGUAACAGUCGUAUUCAUGGAUCUCGGUCUCCUCUCCGAGCGUUGGCUUCGCCAUGCCGGCCAACUUGCCCGAAACAAAGGAAGGUUCGACAAGACCUGUGCUGUUGGAUCGAUCUUUUUCUCGAUUGCCGGGGCUUUAGGUCUCAUUCUUCUGUCCAUCUUCGACACGAAAAACCACCACAGCCUCCACCACGGGUUCUUGGCUAUGUUCAUCGCGAGCUAUGUCGUCUGCGCCAUCCUGGUGUGUCUGGAAUACAUCCAAAUCGGCCGAUUCUACCACCCACAAGCCCGGAUCUUACUCGUCAGCUUCGGCAUCAAAGCGCUUUUCGUCGUCUGUGAACUCGCCGUUGCGAUUGCAUUUGGCGUAUGCAUGAAAGUCGGAAAUAAGAAGAACGCAUCGGCUGUUCUGGAGUGGGUUGCCGCUCUCAUAUUCGCAUUCUUUGUCUUUUCCUUUAUCAUUGAUCUCCUGCCAUCCGUCCGUACGAAGCGACACGUUCCUCAGGGUGAAAAGUAUACUCGGCCACGUGUGGAGGAUGUUCCAGUUGACUUUUAG